GGUUCCUUUCCCACAAAGUCCCUGAGAGAAACACAUGACCAGACCAUGAUCUGCCGAUCCUCUUCAAGAGCUCUCAUGAAUGCGAACUUCCCAGCGGAUGUUAAUGUAUCACCAAUGAGUCUCAGACAACCUUUGACCCCGAGCCAUUUUAGCUUUGAGGCAAGAUAAGUAGCAGGGAUAUACUCUAAGCAGCGUCUACUGGCUGAGGACGUCCCAGCAGGGCUUGCCGAGGUACAUCCUAUGUCAGGACAAACCGUAAUGGAGACAUGGCUGUCUUCCAGCACAAGAGGUUGCCAUGGAGACGGUAUGCGUUUCCAGGCCAAGCUGAUUGGCGUCGAAAUGAUAUCCAGCGCCAUUGGGGACAGGACGUGCAGGGACUCCAUGAACAAACUAAAGCAAAUGGAGACAACUGCAAAGAAACGGGGCAAGCACAAGCAGAGCAUUUGGCUUAAAGUCUCAACCAGGGGGUUGGAGAUUGUGGACCAGCAAACAGGGGUGCUUCAACAUGAGCACGAGAGAAGUAGGAUCAUUUCCCUUGUCAGAGACAAGCAGGAUUUAAGAGCUUUGGCUUACAUCUACCAACAAGACCACACCUACAGCCUCUUCUACAUCAAGAUGGCCCAUCUGGCAAAGCCUGUCUUGGAUGCUAUUAAAGAGAUGUUUGAGGAAGUGGAUCAAGACUUUUCACAGUGUUCUGCAGAAACAUUGGCACAGAGCUCUGAGAUGAUGAAAACCUGCAAAGAAUCAUCGGCACCACUCGUACCUAUUUCUUCACUCCCAGAAUCUCAGCAUCAAAUAUUGUCCAACUAUCUGAUAUCGCCUGCUGUGAUGCGUCAGAUUCCCGUUCAAGGCUCUCAGCUCGCGGUUGACACUCCCUCCCCUCCUUCACCAAACCUCAUUCAAAUGACAAUAUCAUUGUCUGACUUGUGCACAGUAGGAAACCCCCAUGAAUCACUCUGUUAACAAAUGACCCCAUUUGACACUAUUGCCAAGUUCAUUACAACUACAACAGAGUUUCAUGGCAUUUGUUUUUUCUUUUAAUCUGUAGCAACGUAUAUGGAGCACAGUCCACCAUCAGUGGCCCUGAUUAAAAUGCAUAGAAAAACA